AUGCGACAUGUGAUACCUUCAGCUGGUGCAGCUGCUGAGUCCGCUGCUCGCAAGAAACGAGAUAAACAUAGUGAAUUGGAAAGUCGCUACGUUUUCGUUCGUUUUGCUGAUGAGACGGCGGGUUGUUGGGGUAGCGAUGCGAAAAAGUUUGUAGCGGAAAUCGGGCGACGCCGGCUAAGAGAGAGUGGAUAUUACUCCCGCGCCGGGUCUCGACACGUGCUCUCUACAAACGAAAUAAUUGACGCCCUGGAGUCGUUUAACGACGAGGAAGAUGUCCGAGGUAUCGACGUAUACAUUGAUCCGCCUUGUGGAGGUAGCAUAUCGGACGGCGAUUCAGGUGAGGAGGACUGUGACAAUAUAAAUCGUUUGAACCGACAUCAGUUACUUGCUCCAGCUGAAAUGGUAGUACUACAACGCGAAGAAACUAAUGGUGAUGACACCACCGACAAUGAAGUUUUAGUCAACCCUACUAGUACUGCUCAAAUCUUCGAACCCAUUUCUACGGCAUCGGUGACCGUCGCUAACCCUCGUCGUGGAAAACGGAGCAACAUCAGGCCACGAAAAUGGAUAAAACGAGAUUUGCGUCUUCAAGGAAAUGAGUGGUCACCUCCGCCUCCCCAUGUUGUGCUCACACUCACCAAAGAAAGUGAACCGAUUGAGUUCUUCGAAUUAUUUUUUAACGAAGACGUCAUAAGGUAUAUAGUAAGGCACACGGUAAUGUACGCCGUUGAAAAGCACAAUACUAGUUUUUGUCUUUCAGGGGAUGAGAUGUACUGCUUCAUUGGAAUUUUAAUUCUCAGUGGUUACGCGCCUUUGCCGAGACGGCGUAUGUAUUGGGAGUCAAACGAAGAUACCCACAAUGUUUUGGUGGCCAAAUCAAUGCGACGUAAUCGAUUUGAGGAAAUAUUUAGAUAUUUUCAUGUUGCUGAUAAUAGGAACCUAUGCACAGCGGAUAAAAUGGCAAAAAUUAGGCCAUUGUUCAACAUCAUGAAUGAAAAGUUUCUCGUAUACGCUCCCAUUGAAAAAAACUUCAGCAUUGAUGAGUCAAUGAUACCCUACUAUGGACGUCAUGGCUGUAAACAGCAUAUUCAUGGAAAACCUAUCCGUUUUCGAUUCAAAGCAUGGGUUGCAGCGACUCGCCUUGGGUACUGUUUGCAAGUAGACUUAUACGAGGGACGAUCAGAACCGCGAGAUACUGGCCUAGGGCAACAUGUUGUCACUAAAUUGACGAAUAAAGUAAAGAGCGAAUUUCCAGACACACAGUUUUCUGUGUAUUGUGACAAUUUUUUUACAUCACCUGGAUUAUUAAGUGCUUUAAAAAGUAGCAAUGUCAAAAUUACUGGAACAGUUCGUCAAAAUAGAGUGGACAAAUGUCCACUAAUGGAGGUAAAGUCUUGUAAAAAGCAGGCCAGAGGAUUUUACGAUUACAGGCUGGACACUAACGAUAAUAUUUGCGCCAUACGUUGGAAUGACAACAGCGUUGUUACACUGUUGUCAAAUGAAUUUGGCGUACACCCUGUUCAAAAAGCCCGCCGAUAUUCAGUUGCUGCCAAACAGAAAAUUCAUAUUGAUCAACCAAAUGUUGUACACCAGUACAAUCGAUAUAUGGGUGGAGUAGAUAGAUUAGAUGCUAAUAUCGGAGUUUACAGGAUUGCCAUUAGAGGAAAGAAAUGGUAUAUUCCCAUUUUGAUGUGGCUAGUUGACGUCACCGUCAACAAUUCUUCUUUGCUCGCCAGAUCACUAGGGGCGAACGUAGACACGCUGGAAUUUCGCCGAUCUAUUGCAAGGGAUCUACUCCAGAAAUAUGGGAGUGGCAAAACUCAGCCUGGACCACAGAAGCCAGUAAGGACAACUGUACCUAUUUCUGUAAGAAAACAUGCAGCUCAGCAUAUUAUUGUCACCGGUCAGGCUACUUACUACUGGACUAAAGAGGAAUGCGGGACACGCAGGGCAGGACAAAAGAUGUGCCAUUGUCCGGGGAGAGAUACCACACAGACAUGCGCUCUCCGAGCUGUAACCCCACCCGUGCCUGCACUUGCUUCGGCCGACUGCGAACCUCCAGCCUAUUUUGAGACUUGCGAGUUUGCUAAGAUCAUGCCCAGGAGGGAGGUGCUCCGACAGCUGGAUGAGUUAUCUCGCCUUCCAGAGACUUAUUCGGGCCUGGUUAGUUUCCCCGGCUAG